CACGUGUGUUUCGGAAGCGCGCUGAAAAACGUAAACAAACAUGCGGAUUAACGCGACAACCCAGGUUUGGUCCCAGACCGUGGUCCUUGUGCCUUACCGAGAGCAUCACGUCGCAAAGUAUCACGACUGGAUGAAGGACCCCUACUUGCAAGAGAUGACGGCUUCGGAACCCCUCUCUUUGGAACAAGAGUACGAAAUGCAGAAGUCGUGGCUAGAAGACGAAGACAAAUGUACGUUCAUCAUCUUGGAUCGGGAAACUUACGAAAGGGGCAAGGAUGAAGUAGAAGCGAUGAUCGGCGACGUAAACUUGUUCUUCAACGACCAUGACCGACCACGGGAUGCGGAAAUCGAGGUUAUGAUUGCAGAGUCGUCACAACGUCGGAAAGGCCGCGGCAAAGAGGCGAUUCACCUGAUGAUGAGAUACGGUGUUGAAGAACUUCGUGUGACGGCUUUCUCGGCCAAGAUAAAACUAAGCAAUGAAGUUAGCCGAAGGUUGUUCGAGAACAUAGGGUUUUCUUUGGUAUCGACGAGCAAUGUUUUUGAAGAAGCAACGUACCGCACUGAAGUGAAUGACUCAUUAAUAGCCAUUCUCAAUUCUGCCACACAAGAAUACAAGCUUGAAUCACUUCUCUAAUUAGCAUUUGUGGUGCUUCUGGUUUACACAUGAUGUAAUGUGACCUGUAAAUAACCUUGUAAGUGAAGUACAGCUGAAGGUUUCUAUUUUUUUAGGAGUAAUGGGCAAACUGCAAAUGAGCGCUGAAUAAACUUUAUUUGCAAACUUUCGCUUGACAAAUGAUGUCUGAGCAGCCACAAC